CAUGCUUCUCUCUCUCUCUGUUAGACCCACACACAUUCUCAUCCUUGUUCUCUCGGUUCAUUUAUCUCGGUGCGCUGUUUGACAGUGAGCUGUUUCAGUGUGGAUGCUCUCUGGGCUUAUCCUUUCCUCUCUUCUGUAUUCUGUUGCUGUGGUGGGACGUCUACCCACAUUGAUCUUCUGGGAUCUGGCUUUCACCUCCAGCUCAGGAUGGAAGCAGUAGCCCUUUACAACUUUUGUGCCACGGAAAGUGACGAGCUCAGCUUUCAGAAGGGAGAUGUACUCAAGAUCACUAAUAUGGAAGAUGAUCCUAACUGGUACACAGCAGAGUUGGUGAACAGGAAGGGCUAUGUACCUAAAAAUUAUAUCAACGUAAGGCCGCACACAUGGUUUGCGGGCCGUAUCUCCAGACAUAUGGCCGAGACUCGACUGCGCCAGCGGGAGUGUGGAAGCUUCUUAGUAAGAGAGAGUGAGAGUGCACCUGGAGAAUUCUCCAUGUCAGUGAGUUAUGGGGAUCAUGUACAGCAUUUCAAGGUGUUAAAGGACAGAGAUGGCUAUUACUUUGUUUGGGAGGAGAUCUUCCCUUCCUUAAAUCAGCUUGUGGACUUCUACAAGACCAACAGCAUAGCAAAGGAAAGGACUGUGUUUCUGAGGGAUACAUUAAAGAGGCCCCAUCACGCACAAGCCCUGUUUGACUUCAAACCAGAGCACAACUCCCAGCUGCACUUCCUGCAGGGUGAUGUCAUAGACCUGCUGGACUGCUCCGAUUCUCAGCGCUGGAAAGGUCGCUGCCGAGGCCGUGUGGGGUUUUUCCCACCUGAGUACGUCCAGCCCACCUAUCACACUGAAGGACAAUAACAACACUGUGUGUACAUAUCAGUAUUCGAUUGUUAGCAUCUUUUAUUGGUUUAAUACAACUGGAAUGAUCAAGCUGAGUAAGUUUGAAAAUGACUCUGCAAACAGACAGUAACAAACUUAUUCAGCCACAGUUACUAAAGCAUAACCAUGCUGUUGACACUAAGACGACACCUGUCAGCUUUUUAGGACAAACGCCCUAAACUAUCAAGCACCAUUAAAAAAAUGACUGAAUAAAUAAAAAGUCUCUGAGCAUACUCUGGUGCAUUAAAAUGCAAAAGGAGAUUUUGAAUUGUAUUAAUACAAUCUCUUCACUGCACUUUGCUUACAAAUUUGAAUAUUAACUCAAAAACGUCUUUAAUCAAUUGCUAUAUUUAUUGCACUUUUUUUCUGUGUAUAUAUUGUUCAUAACUCUUGUUGUCUUAUUUUCUUUUGUUGAUGUAAAUGUUACCAUCAUGAUGACUGAAAAUAUAUGAAUAUUAAAACAA